GCGGCUAGUCAGUUAAAACAGACACAAUGUCAAAAUUUGUCUUAACGAAAGACAAUGUGUGGGAUUAUUUUGAAGAAAUUCCCAACAAAGAUCUAGCAAGUUGCAAGAAGUGUGGAGAAAGAUUUGUCUACACCAUAGAUUCAAGUAUUUUAAAACAUUUGCGUGGACAAAAACAUCAAAAAUAUUUCAACGAUGCAGCAAAAAGAAACGUUAGCGAUAACCUGGAUAUAUAUUACACUCCACAAGAUACAGCAUGUACCAUUUGUAAAAUUCAUGUUUUGCGAAAAAAUUUGGACCAACACAUCAAAGAUUUUCAUCCUCUAAAAAAACUGGCACAUUAUGAAGCAAUGAGAACUAAAAUGGAACAUAUAAGAAAAGUUAGUAAUUUUAAGUUGAUGUGCGAACUGCAGAAUUGUAACUCAGGUAUAACUCUUCAAAUACAUCCUAAUAUAAAUCGCCAUUUACAAGAAAAGCAUCCGAAUGAAUUAAAAAAUAUUGAAACGGACGCAACGCCAACUGCGGUCACAAAUAAAGAAGAUGUAUUGCGCAAUUACAUAUUACACAGGCCUCAUCGUUUUCAAGCACAAUGCAAGUUUUGCAAUUUUAAUGAAUAUUAUGUCCAGACUGAAAAUUUUCGUAAACAUGUACAAGAAGAUCAUAACGUAGUUUUAUUACACGAAAAUGCAAAGAAAGGAUAUCCGUGGAAACAUUUCAAGUAUUUUGAAGAAAACAUAUUACAAUGUAAUCUUUGCCAAGGGUUGCAUAUUGAAAACGUUAUACAAGAUAAGCUAGCAAAACAUGUAUUUAAAAUCCAUAGAGAUAUACAUAACAAAACUUUUAUGCACCGAAACGGCACUGAUUGGACCCAGAAAUAUUGUGACUUCAGCGAUGAUUUUCAAGUGCGAUGUUAUUUUUGUAACAAAGAAACGGAACUGGAUAUUGAAUUUACAAAAUUAAACGACCAUAUUGUAAAUACACAUUCGAAAGAGCCACCAAGUACGAAAAGACAGUAUGAAACAGCUGGACCGUCAGGAAGCCAACCACAGAAAAAAAAAAGUUCAUCGUAAAGGGAAUGAUGCUAACGACGAUCAUGUAGCACGACAACAAGGCACUCGACAAAAAGCAAUCUUGACUUUGGUAAUUGAAACAAUUUAUAAUAUGCGCAGAAAAAAAUGUAUCUCUUACGUGUAAUAGUUCGUUUUAUGUUUAUGAAAUUAUAAAUACGUUUAUAAAUUGACGCUUUAGAAAUUGACGCUUUAUAAGAAAAAAAAUUAAGUUUUAUUUUUC